UCAACGGGGCGUAGUGAAAAUAUUAUUUCGAUUUUUCAUAAUUUUUGUUUAAAAGUUAUUUUGCUAAGGGGAAAAUGUCGUCACCACCACCUACAAAACCCCCCAGAGGGGUGAAACAAGGAAGAGAAACGAGUGGACUUUUAAUGUCUGUUAUUCGCACUUUAUCGGCGAGUGAGACCAACGAGCAGCGAGAAAAAGAACGUGCUAAACUAGAGAAGGAGUAUAAAAAGAGCGACGCGAGAUUGGACGAGCUGGUUGCAGAACAUGCACAGGAAAUCAUGGAAGUUAUGCAGAAAUUCAGCAGUGUCCAAGCAGCCUUAGCAAGCUGGGGUCAGCACACUGACGCAGCCACAGCUCGGCUGACCGCAUGCCGCAGCUUGCUGCGCGUGCGGCGCGACGAGCUGCGGCGCCUGUGGCAGGACGCCAGGACACACCACCACGCGCUGCACAUGCUCACCAUCAUCGAACGUGUGGUAGUCUCCGAGCGCGAUAUCCGCGAUCACCUCUCGCGCGGGCUCGUCCUCGCAUGCGCGCAUUCUCUACGCUCCGCUCUUGACACGUCUGCAACCACGCUGUCGCACGUCAGCGCGCUCAACACCACGAGGGCGCAUCUCGAGGAAAAGAAGCACGAGCUGGUGACGGUGAUUCUAAGGCGCUUGUCAUCGGCAUUGUACGGCGAAGCGGCGCCGCUCACACGCCGAAUGUCGUCGCGACGCCGAACAGCGCUCCUUUUGGCAGAGCUGACAAAGAGCGAAGAUGUUACCGACGCGUACCUUCAAGACAUAACGCCUGAGUUCGAGGCGUCACUCACCGAGGAAGAUAAGACGUUUGAGACUACCGUCAUGAUAUCGUUAAAAGCCCUGGGAGUCUUGAACCAGCUCAAAGAAGCCACUGAGAAAUUCAAAGUCCAGAUCCAAGAUGAGCUCCUAACCGUGAUCGAAUCCGUGUCCCGCCGGAUAAUCGAAGACGGGGACGUGGAGCCGGACAUAACGGACGUGCCGGACGCGCCGGACGCGCCGGACGCGCCGGACGCGCCGGACGCGCCGGACGAGGUGGUCGAGAACUCGAAACCGUUACGACUCGUCAACGCGCUGGUGGAGCAGUUUAGAGCGUGUGCAGUGAGGAAUAAAAGACUGCUCCAACUGUGGCGGGCCGCGUUACAGAAGCAUAAGAUCUCAGACUCGUGUCUCCACACCGAGAUACACUACUGGAGCGCCGUUCAACAAGUCCUCCAACUGCUACUGACAGACUACCUCCAAAUAGAGAGCGUGACUCUCGCCGCCGCUCGUUCCACCAGCGCUUCGGAUACCCACAGCGAACUUCGCAUCGCAGAUUACUUCGCCAAAAAGCGACCGCAGCGGCGCGAGAAACUUUUCAAGCUAAAUGUGGGCGUGGUGCCGGUCCCUAGCGCGGCGGCGCGGCGGUACCCGCUGGUGUGCCGGCCGGAGCCCGCGCUGCUGCACGUGCUGCUGCCCACCCUGCACAAGCUCACGCACGACAUCGAGCCCGUCGUUGGCGGCGAAUGUUCGCUGCGAGCAUUCAUCACGGACUACGUACGGUCCGGGGAGAGCGAGCGGCUCGCGAGCGAGGCGAGGGCUUCUAUCGAGGUCGCUAUGAAGGCUGCCGCGUGGCGCGAGCGAGCACCGCCGGAACCACCGAGCGCUAACCACCGGCUGGUGUUCUCGUGCUGCGCGGCGGGCUGGGCGGCGGUGGCGCACUGCGCGCACGCGGCGCGGCGCUGCGGCGCGUGCGGCGCCGGGCACGCCCUGCGCGCGCUGCCCGCCGCGCUCGCCGCGCUCGCCGCGCACGCGAGAGCCGCGCACCAGCGCCUGCAGCCCGCCGCGCCGUGUCGGGCGGCCAAAUGGCUGGCUGAUGACGACAUUGUUCGGUUCCUGCAGACGCUGCCUAACUGGCAAGCCGUUGUGGACCCGAAUUCCGCCAGUAAAAACGAGCAGGAUCUGAAACAGGCGUACGAACGCGAGGCCGAAAUCCUGGGCUCGAGUCUCGGGGACGGCGCCGUGUCUCGUCGCGAAAUCGUCGGGGACAUCAACGCUUUAGGCGACCUGGCGUUGCUCUGCGAGUCCAUGGACUGGCUGGCCACCAACAUCCGGUCGCUGCCGGGGCUGCUCACGGCGCCAUCUGGCGGCGUCCGGUUGACCGACAAGCUGCGCGAAGACAUAUCUGCCGCGGCCGCCAUCUUUGACGAGAUCUCUCAUAAAUGCCUGCUGUUUCUACAUCUGGAGAUGCGAAUCCAAUGCUUCCACUACCUCGGGCAGCCGGCGGGCGGCGACGACGGCGAGGCGGGCGGCGCGGGCCGGCUCGCGCACGCGCUGCUCGCCUUCCACGAGCACGCGCACAACGUCAUGGCGGCCGGCCGCAGGGCGUACAUCUUCAACGGCAUCGGUGAGAUGAUGUCCGCGGGCGUGGUGUGGCGCUGGCAGUGCAUGGACGCGGAGUUAGCGGGCGGAACCCUCGCUACGCUCAGGCACUGCUUAGCGGCGCUCUCGCUGCCGCACGCCGGUUUGCAGCGAGCGCACGAAUAUUCGCGUCUCUUGCUCGCUAUGCCUGAGCCUGAGGAAAUCAUAGCAUCUAUUCGGGAGAAAGGCGCACAAUUCACCGAAUUGGAGUACCUGAACGCAUUCAAAGUGAUCGCGGCGCGUCGCGGGCUAUCACAGGCCGACAUGAAACCCCACCUUAAAGCUCUGGCUAGUGCCUUAGGUCAUGUUGGGGUCACUGUUUAAGG